AUGGCGCAAACGGAGCCCCCGAAGGCGGUGCGGCUGUGGCGCGAUGCCGCCCUGCGCGCACGGAAGCUGCGGGGCGGCCCCGGCGACCCCGAGCUCGAGGAGCCGGACGCGGGGCCGCCGGGAGGGCCGCCGGCUCCGCCGACCCCCGCCGCCACGCCUCGCCGCCCGCUCCCGGCGGCGGCUCUGGGGGAGCUGGAGGCGCUGAACCUGAGCGGGCGGGGGCUGGAGGAGCUGCCCGAGGAGGUGGGCGCCGCCCUGAGCGGGCUGCGGGUACUCAGCUUGCGGCGCAACCGGCUGGGACGCCUGCCUGCCGCCGCCCUGCGCCACCUGGGCAGCCUGACCGAGCUCGACCUCAGCCACAACCGGCUGCGGGGCCUGGGGGACGGCGGAGCGCUGGCGGGGCUGCGGGGCCUGCGCAAGCUCAGCCUCAGCCACAACGAGCUGGGCGCCGAGGGCCCGGGCUUGCCCCCCCGCCUCGCCGAGCUGGGCCGCCUCGAGGAGCUCGACCUCAGCUUCAACCGCCUGCGCCGCCUGCCCGAGGGCCUGGGUCGCCUGCGGCACCUCCGCGCCCUCGACGUCGACCACAACCUGCUGCCCUCCUUCCCCUCUCCGCUGCUGGAGCUGGCGGCCCUGGAGGAACUCGACUGCUCUGGCAACCGCCACCUCGGGGCCCUGCCCGAGGGCAUCGCCGCCCUCCGCCGCCUCAAGAUCCUCUGGCUGAGCGGCACCGGGCUGGCGGCUUUACCCGAGGGUCUCUGCCAGCUGAGCGCCCUGGAGAGCCUCAUGCUGGAUGGCAACCGGCUGCGGGCCCUGCCCGCCGGCUUUGGCAACCUGCAGCGGCUCAAGAUGCUGAACCUCUCCUCCAAUCUGCUGGGGGAGUUCCCCGCUGCCAUCCUGGCGCUGCCCAGUCUGGAGGAGCUCUACCUGAGCCGCAACCAGCUCACUCUGCUGCCCACUCACCUCUGCCAGCUCCGCCAGCUCCGCACCCUCUGGCUGGACAACAACCAUAUCCGCUAUCUGCCUGACUCCAUCGUGCUUCUCCAUAGCCUGGAGGAGCUCGUCCUGCAAGGUAACCAGAUUGCCAUCCUGCCCGAGGGCUUUGGGCAGCUUUCCCGUGUCACCCUGUGGAAGAUCAAAGACAACCCCCUCAUCCAGCCUCCCUAUGAGGUGUGCAUGAAGGGUAUCCCCUACAUCGCAGCCUACCAGCAGGAGCUGGCCCACUCUCAGCCCGCCCUCAAACCCCGCCUCAAGCUGGUCCUCAUGGGCCCCAAGGAUGCGGGAAAGACCCUGCUGAGACGAUGCCUCAUGGAGGAGGAUGGGCAGAGGGAGGAUGUGGGAAGUCUGGUGGUGGGGAGCACCCAGCCCAGAGUAUGCCCUAAGCAGCAGCAGGACCCGGGAAGAGUGCCGGUUGGGUGUUGCCCCUUCCCAGAGCCUCAGGACACUUCCUCAGCGCGGGUGCCUGUCGUGCAGCAGUCAGAACAUCUCCCUGUUGAGUGGCAGGAGUUCCCUUCUCAUCUACCCUGUCAGCAAGCGAAAGGGGAAACGCCUCGCCCUGCUCCAUCGCUGCCACUUAAUUCCUCCCAAGUACCAUCAGGGCUGGGACCAUCAGGUGGCAGCAAGGGCAUUGAGGUGAUGGACUGGACAGCAGAUGCAGAGCGAGGCCUGACGUUCAUUGUGUAUGAGCUGGCAGGGGACCCCAGCUAUGAUGUGAUCCAGUCUUUCUUCCUCUCUCCUGGAGCCCUCUAUGUGCUGGUGGUCAAUUUGAGUGCCUACGUCCCUCAGCACUUCUACCCCUCUGUGGGCUAUUUCUUGCACUGGCUCGGUUCCAAGGUGCCCCAUGCCGUGGUGUGCAUGGUGGGAACCCACGCUGACCUCUGUGCGGAGCGGGAGUUGGAAGAGAAGUGCCUGGACAUCCAUCACCAGAUUGCUCAGCAGGAGAAGAGGGAUGCUGAGGGGCUCCAGAGCUUGGUCCAACAGGUGGAUGAGGCUCUGGGACAGGACUUUGACCUGCGCUGCUCCAGCCCGCAUGCUGCCUUUUAUGGGGUCUCGGACAAGAACUUGAGGCGAAAGAAAGCCCAGUUUCAGUACCUUCUGAACCACCGCCCACAGAUCCUCUCUCCAGUGCUGCCUUUCAGCUGCCGGGACCGUUGCCAAGUGCGUCGCUUGCGGGACAAGCUCCUCUCGGUGGCUGAACACCGGGAAAUCUUCCCGAACCUGCACCGGGUGUUGCCCAAAUCCUGGCAAGUGCUGGAGGAGCUGCACUUCCAGCCACAAGCUCAGCAGCUGUGGCUUAGCUGGUGGGACUCUGCCCGGUUGGGCUUGCAGGCAGGCCUGACAGAGGAUCGGCUCCAGAGCGCCCUGUCCUACCUGCACGAGAGUGGGAAGCUGCUGUACUUCGAGGAGCACCUCACCUUGAGGGAAUAUGUGUUCCACAACCUGCCACGACUCAUUGACAUCCUCAAUGUCUUUUGCCAGUGGGAUUCCACCGUGCUGCUCCAGAAACUGCUCAGUGACUCCCAUGUUGAUGAACUGAGAGCAUCUCAGCUCCAUCAUUACGUGGAGGGCUUCUUGCUGCACGGCCUCCUCCCUGCCCACAUUAUCCGUCUCCUCCUUAAGCCCCACAUCCAGAGCCGGGAGGAUCUGCAGCUCAUCCUGGAGCUGCUGGAGAAGAUGGGGCUCUGUUACUGUGUCAACAAACCCAAAUGCAAGCCCUUAAACGGGGCAGCCGCUUGGUACAAGUUCCCCUGCUACGUGAAAAACGAGGUGCCCCACGCGGAGGCGUGGAUCAACGGCACCAACCUGAGCGGGCAGUCCUUCGUGGUGGAGCAGCUGCAGAUUGAGUAUAGCUUUCCAUUCAUUUUCCCACCCGGCUUGUUUGCACGCUACAGUGUCCAGAUCAACAGCCACGUGGUUCAGCGGUCAGAUGGCAAAUACCAGAUCUAUGCCUACAGGGGAAAGGUGCCCGUGGUGGUGAGUUACCGGCCUGCCAGGGGAGCUCUGCAGCCAGAUACUCUGUCUAUUGCUAGUCAUGCAUCCCUACCAAAUAUCUGGACAGCUUGGCAAGCUAUCACGCCGUUAGUGGAAGAACUGAAUGUCCUGCUCCAGGAAUGGCCAGGCCUGUACUACACUGUGCACGUCCUCUGUUCAAAGUGCCUUAAAAGAGGGUCACCCAACCCACACGCUUUUCCAGGAGAACUGCUGAGUCAGCCGAGACCAGAGGGACUGGCGGAGAUCAUCUGUCCCAAGAACGGCAGCGAGCGAGUUAAUGUUGCCUUGGUUUACCCCCCCACGCCUACUGUGAUCAGCCCUUGUUCCAAAUAAAUCAUCAGUGCUGGUGCCAAAGGUUUUCCACCAGGCAGAACAUGGCUGAUGCUCUGCAGUGCUCCCAUCUCUCCAGUUGUGGAGUUGCAUGCUAACAGGGAUCGAUGGGACUUUGGACUCUGAAAAGCUGUGGGGCAGGGGCAGCUCCCAGGGGGGGGCCUGGUGGCUGGAGUGGAGGCAGUCACCUGAAGGUCGAGGACAACAACAAGGCAUGAAGCAAAAUGAUUGCUGCAGAUGGCAGAGCCACUGGCCAGAGGGGAAGCAUUGGGGAAUAGGAUUCUGUGGACCCAUUGAUCACGUGUUGAAAACCCAUUUGGAUCUCAUGAUGAAUGUAAAAAUGUUCUUGGUACCAUUUAAUUCAGACCUGCUUGGAGGAAAGUUUCUUGAUGUGAGCUGUAGCGGGAUCCCCUGGACUUGUUCCUGGACAAG